GGAUAGGUUUUUGGGAAACGACUACGCGAGUGCUCGAUGUUCGUCUACUUCCUCUAUGUCCGCUUCGCCCUCAUCAUCACCAUGUCUACCGACGCCGAACGUGCCGCCGCCGAGAAAGUUGAAGCCGACAAGAAGGCCGCCCAGGAUGCUGCUGCCGCCACCACCGUCGCGGCCUCUGCAUGGCCUACUGGAGGGUAUAACUCGUUUAUUCCGCUCCUAUUGUUUUCUGUUUUCGCCAUGCUAGCGUUUACGUAGAUCUUUUUGUAAUUAGCGUAGUAUGUGCUUGCUUCACUGAAUAUCAGUAUGCGUUUAUUUGUGUCAAUGCUAUGGUAGUGAUUUACUCAUGGAUUAAGUUAAUCAAAAAUUGCCUAUUUAAUUAGCAAUGAACUCAGCGUGGAUGCCAAUUGUGAAGGGAUUUUAAUACGCUGAGCAGGCUUGACCCGUUCAUGGCUUCUUCCCCCUGUUGUGGUACCUUGAUUGCCGUCCGUAGAAGGUAUGCACCCCGAACGACUCGUUCCACACGAUUUGCCCAGCUCGUUCGAUCGCCGUAUCCGUAUGCUUAUAUCAUGCCAGUGCUGACCAUUUUCUGCCGUCUGGACUAUUUUCUUUCUGCUCAACCAUUCUCAGUCCAGGACAUGAAGAGAAUAGCCCACACUCACCUCGCCGGCAGUGUCGCACUCUUCCUGCUGGCAGCUACCACCAUUCCCUCGACGACGGUUGCCUUGGUGUCCUCCUCGGACGGCCAAGCCCUUCUGGCAUGGAAGGCCAGCCUCGGCAACCCGACCGCGCUCUCCAACUGGUCCCAGGCCACAUGGGCGUGCGCCUGGGAUGGCAUUGUCUGCUACCAGGAGCGCAUCAUCUAUCUAAGGCUCGUGGGACGCGGUCUCUCUGGCGGGCUCGACACGCUCGACACUGCAGCGCUCCCCGACCUCGUCUCUCUGGACCUCAGUGGGAACAACCUCGGCGGCGCCAUCCCAGCCAGCAUCUCGGGGCUGAGGUCCCUCAUAACACUCGACCUCAGCAGUAACAGGUUCAACGGUUCCAUCCCACCACAGCUCGGCGACAUGCCCUACCUUGCAGAUAUCCGGCUCUACAACAACAGCCUGGUCGGCGCCAUCCUACACCAGCUCUGCAGGCGCCUCUCCCUGGUGGCACUGCACAUCUCGAACAACCGGCUCACCGGGGAGCUUCCAGGCUGCUUGUGCGACUUGCAGUCUAUGUGGUAUAUGGACUUGUCAAACAAUCGGUUCGCAGGGAAGCUGCCGGACCGCUGGUGGAACUUGCGGGCUCUUGAGUUCAUGGAUCUAUCCAACAACUCCUUUUCAGGUAAAAUCCCUGCGGCUAUGGCGAACCAGAGUUGCUCUCUUCGAUCGCUUUACCUUGCUAGAAAUGGCUUCUUCGGUGUCUUCCCGCCAGUCCUAAUGAGUUGCAACUUGCUGGCCACCCUGGACAUCGGGUAUAAUAGGUUUUUUGGUGCUAUCCCUCCAUGGAUUGGGAGUCAAAUUACAUCCUUGAAAAUUCUUAGCCUCAAAUCAAACAACUUCACCGGAGAAAUUCCUUCAGGAUUAUCACGGCUUUCGCAACUUCAGUUGCUCAACAUAGCCAACAAUAGCUUGACCGGCUCGAUUCCUAUAGCCUUCGGCAGCUUGACCUCAAUGAGGAAUCCACAAAAUAUUUCAAAUACAGAACUACUCUACGGGACAAGAUACAAUGAUAAACUCGUCAUAAUCUGGAAGGGUCAGGAGCAGAUUUUCCAAAGAACAAUCCGGUUAUUAGCCGGUAUGGAUUUGUCGGGUAAUCUGUUGUCUCAGUGUAUCCCUACAGAGCUAACCAACCUUCGGGGCCUCCGGUUUCUGAACCUGUCAAGAAACAAUCUGUCAUGCGGCAUCCCUAAAAACAUUGGUAGUUUGACUUUUCUCGAGUCCCUUGAUCUAUCUUCUAAUGAACUUGCUGGAGCAAUUCCUCCAAGCAUAUCAAGCUUAUUGGCGCUCGGCGCGUUGAAUGUCUCGAACAAUCAUUUGUCGGGCAAGAUACCCGCUCGGAGUCAGAUGCAGACUCUGACCGACCCAUCAAUUUACUCCAACAAUUCUGGACUAUGUGGGUUUCCUAUAGACAUUCCGUGCACAAAUGCUUCGCCUUCAUCGGACAAUAGAAAUGGUAAAGAGGAUGACUGCUAGAUGUACUACUGUGUGAUUGCUGGGGUAGUGUCUGGUUUUUGCUUGUGGUUUGGCAUACUCUUUACAUUUAAGACUUGGAGAUGUGGUUUUGUCUCAUUUGUUGAUGGCAUGCAACGUAAGUUUAUCAAGAAGGUGUCAGAUUAGUUGUGUACUUGUGUUCUCUAUUUCAUUAUGCCAAGAGAGAAUGUAUGCAUAGUUGUGUACAGAGUAAUCUUUAAAUAAAAAGAUCACAUUCGGGAUCUAGUAAGAUGCAAUCAGUUUUAGCAAGAUGUGGCAUGUACAUAACAUUCCAUGUAUCUUUUGUGUGUGUGCAAUGCAGCAUAUACGACAGGCUUGAAGUUACUCCCUCACAAAAAAAAACUAUGGGGAGAAUAUCAUACGGAAACCAAUAUUCGGUGUAAUCCGGUGAAAGUGAUGAUUUGAAGUAUCAAAAAAAUCUCAAAAAAUUAUGGGAUUUUAAGAGGGUGAUGUUCUACUGGCAUGCAAAAUUUCAAGUUCAAACACAUCACAGGAUAUGAGCUAUGAAAAAGACAAAAUCAGUAUUGAAUAGUGUAGAACAGUAACGCCACUAUUCAUUGAUGAAUUUAUCUUUUUCAUAACUGGCAUCAUGUAAUGUGUUUUAAAUUGAAAUUUCAUAUGACAAUAGAAAAUCAUCCUCUUAACAUCCCUUAAUUUAUUCAGAUUUCAAUAGAACUUUUAAGCGUGGUUUCCACGAAGUUUUGUUUGAAUGUUGGUUUUCGUAUGAUAUUCUCCCCACAAGAAAUUCUAGGCACAUAUCAUACCAAAACUUUGGUUCUUUUGUUUUGCGACAAAACUACCAAUCUAUUCAUCAACUGUCAAGGUAGUACAAAGAACAACCAGAAGUAAAAAAUAUAUCCAGGUCCGUAGAUCACCUAGUGACGACUACAAGCACUGGUUAUUAGCCGGUAUAGAUUUUCGGGUAAUAUGUUGUCUCAGUGUAUCCCUACAGAGCUAAACAACCAUCGGGGCCUCCGGUUUCUGAACUCAGUAAUCAUGAACAAGAUAUAAGAAAAUACUAACAGCACAAUAAUGAUAAUAUCUCUUAGUAAUUCAUAAGUUGGGUCUAUCCAACAACAUUGUUUUGCCAACAAUGUGUUCUCAUUAUUAAUAGCAUACAUGUUGCUCCUAAGUAUUCUCAUGAUCAGAAAAACAAGAUCAUCAAUCAAUACAUGAGCUAGUUCUAGAGGCAUGACUAGGGAUCAUCUUGGUGUUCAUGUUUCCGCACAUGCAUUUGGUUUUCCUUCGAAUCUCAUAUUCUAGAACCAAUACAAUUAUAGUACAGAAACAUAAACUAAUAAUGAACAUGGAAAUAUAAUAAUAUAUUUAUUAUUGCCCUUAGGGCAUAUUUCCAACAGAUAUGUCAAGUACCUCCUUUUGUUGAGAGCUAUUGUGUGUUCUCGGCCAUGGAAGGAUCUCUCAGCAAGCUCACCAACAUUUGUCGUGUCAUUUUGUUUUGCUGAGAGUUUCUCCCGGUGAAGUUCCGAGCCAGGAGCGCCUAUUUCGUGCCACGUGUCAUUUUUCCAGAGAACCGGUAUUCUGCUCUCGGGUAGCUGGCUAGAUUGCGUCGGUUUGGUCGCCUUUGCCGAGAGGUGUACUCAGUAUCGCUAUCUUUUCCGAGUGAUGCACUAGGCAAAUUUGUUUUCAAUGUUUUUAUAAAUUUGGUUUCAAUUAUGCCUGCAUCAAAAGAUAUAUAGCAAUAGUAUUUCACAUAUAUCGCAAUUAUAUCACAUCCCACAUAUCACAAAAGUUCCCACAUCAUAGCAAAAUCACCAUUCCACAACAUAGAGGAAUAUAUGUUCUCAAGCUCAAGCACACAUGCACAAGUUCUCAAGCACACACAAGGAAGAGUACAAGCACAGAAAGUCAACAAGCAAGAAUUUCAUAAGCAUAAUUGGGAGUUCACAUGGUUUUGGAUAUCAGAGUGGGAACACCAGGAGGCGUCAUUCGGCUUGCUUGCCCAACUCCAAGUGGAGCUACCGGCUCAUCGUUCGACCCUUGCAAUGAAUUGAGAUGUAAGCAUUUGAGACAAUAAAAUUGAAUGCAUAUGACAAAGACGAAAAUGGUUUGCACUCGCAUAUCUGGCACUGAUUUGCCUUGGAUAGCAUGAAGAUUGGUUACCGUCAGCUUUAGUGAAAAAGAAAACCAAGUAAAAAAAGAAAAAGAAAAAUAAAAACACAUAAAAUAGAAAAAACAAA